UAAAUUGAUGUAUAAUUAUGAGACAGACAAGCACAGCACGAAUGAAUGAACGAAUAAGAAAGAGAGAAAAAGUGGAAAUUUAAGGAAAUUCCAGCUGGUUGCUUCAGAUGUUGUGUCUGUUUUUUAUCUUCUCUUUCAUUUCCCACCUCCGAUGAUUUCUCCUACUCAGUAAAAUCCGAAGGAAAAACCAAAAAACAGCAACAAAACUUUCAUUUCUUGUCAUUUUUGCUUACUCUUCCGAUUGGCAUUUGCUUCUGUUAAUGGGUCAUACCCUCUUCUUCUUUCUGGCUUGGAUGAUUUGAGAAAAAGGAGCAACUACCGGAGUUUCAUCUUUCGAAAGAUGGGGGUGAAUUGACUUUGAGCUUCUCAGAGGCUCCCUCCUAGUUGUAAUCUUAUGAAGUGGAGCUUCUCUGAGGUGCAUGUUGAAGUAAGAUGAUUGAGCAAUUCAUCAAUUUCAUCAUUCGGCCCCCCAGGGCUGAAUAUGAUCCAGAUCGGUACCUAUGGGAAAAGGAAUUCACCCUUGCAGGAAGAACAUACCAACGGCAGGAUUUGGAGGCAACUCAAGAAUUCCAGAGGUUAUACCUUGCAGUGUAGCCAUUAUCUACCUUCAGCUUUGCCUGAAGAUAUUUCUCUUCCUUGUGUUAUAUAUUGCCAUGGAAAUAGUGGAUGUAGGGCUGAUGCCAAUGAAGCUGCUGUUAUUCUUCUUCCAUCAAAUAUUACUGUUUUUACUCUUGACUUCUCGGGGUCAGGCUUAUCUGAUGGAGACCAUGUCAGCCUUGGUUGGCAUGAAAAAGAUGAUCUCAGGAUGGCGGUGUCAUAUUUAAGAAGAAACAAGCAAGUAUCUCGUAUCGGUCUUUGGGGACGAUCAAUGGGUGCUGUUACUAGCCUUCUUUAUGGAGCUGAAGACCCUUCUAUUGCUGGGAUGGUGUUGGAUAGCGCCUUUUCAAACCUGUAUGGUCUGAUGCUGGAGCUCGCUGAUGUCUAUAAAAUUCGACUUCCUAAGUUCACUGUUAAAAUGGCAGUACAAUACAUGCGGCGGGUUAUUGAGAAGAAGGCAAAGUUUGAUAUCAUGGACUUGAACUGUUUGCUGGUUGCACCGAAGACAUUCAUUCCUGUUUUAUUUGGACAUGGUAAUGAUGACCAAUUCAUUCAGCCUCACCAUUCUGAUCUCAUCUCUGAAUUAUAUGCGGGAGACAAAAAUAUCAUAAAAUUUGAUGGUGAUCACAACUCCUCUAGACCACAGUUCUUUUAUGACUCAAUUUCCCUUUUCUUCUACAAUGUCCUCCGCCCUCCUCACAUUCCCAGAGCUCGCAAGCAUGACAGAUAUCUUGAUGUAGGGGAUUUGAAGAUCGGUUCUGCUGUGAAUGAGAGCUUAUUAUUUGGGAUAAUCUCUAGUUUACAGUCUGCAACUAUUGAUGCUGCAAGUUCAUCUUCCGCUCCUCCCAGCAAUUCAAUUUCAAACAUAGCUUCAAUUAGAGAGCGUAUUCCAAAAGUUGCUCCUACAGCUUCUCCUGAUUCCAUGAUCAGAGAGCAACUAAUGCAUGGAAAUUAUGAACCUGACCAUGAUGAACCUGCAGAUAUGAAGGAUGAACCAAAUGACCUGACUGAAGAUUAUUACUCAUACACCAGCUCAACUCGAGAAAGCUUCGGCAGAUGUUCUUCUUUAGUAUUCAGCGAUGAUGAAUAUUUUCCAGAUUACAGGGAUGAUGAUAAUGGUUCUGAGGUAUUUGCAACACCCCUUGGAAGUCUGAGAGAAAUAUCUGCAGACCCUAAAGAAGAGGAAAAGAGCCAGAAAAAGAAGAAGAAGAAAGCUGAAAGAUCCACAAAGAAGCACAGGUCUGACAGAUUUGAGAAGUGGGAGUCCCUCAGUCGAAAGCUGCGACUUUGCAUUCUGAAGGGAUCUGCCAAUCGGAGACCAAAGCCCUCUUGACAAGUCUUGACUACUAUGUGUUACAUAUUUAGCUAACUACAUGUUUUCAUAAGAUCAAUGUAAGACACUGCUAUAUUUAGGCACUUCAUGAAACUCAACUUGUUUGUAGGUUAACGAGUUGAUUGACUCAAUUCUCAUCUGGGAAAUAAUUCAGCAUGUAUUUUUGUGCGAAA